AUGAUGCAGACAAUGCUCGAUGAAGCUACAGAUCCAUGGGGUGUAAAAGUGGAACGCGUUGAAGUUAAAGAUGUACGUCUUCCUGUUCAGUUGCAACGUGCCAUGGCAGCGGAAGCUGAGGCGGCUAGAGAAGCCCGUGCAAAGGUUAUUGCUGCUGAAGGUGAAUGGAAAGCAUCAAGAGCACUCAAAGAAGCUGCAGAUGUGAUCACUUUAUCACCUUUUGCUAUACAACUAAGAUAUCUUCAAACAUUAAGCACAAUAUCAGCGGAGAAAAAUUCUACUAUUAUAUUUCCUUUACCAGUUGAUUUGGUCACACAUUUUAUGCAUAAUAAUCGUGGAUCAAAUAGCAAUAAGAAUAACAACGAUAAUAAUAAUAAUAAUAAUACCAGUACCAGUGUUAGUGGUAGUAAUAAAGCCAAAAUAACUCCACCACCUCGCCUUGUAUCUAUUAUCAGUGGGGUGAUACCGACCUCUUUGUCAGAUGCAGCAUCAAUAGGUGAUCUACCAAUUCAACAUACAUUAAAUGAUAACAAUAAUCAAUUUGAUGUUUAA